AUGGAGGAUGGGCAGAGCCGGCCUGAGCUCAUGCGUGAACAGGCAGCCAUAGUGGCAAUAAAUAAAUUAAUUAGGGAGCACCGGGGGCACCUGGCCUUCCUGCCGCCCAUGGACGGUGCGGUGGUCGUGGAGUUUGGGCGGAUCGCCGUGGAGUUCCUGAGGCGGGGAUCGAACCCCAAGAUCUACGAAAGCGCAGCCAGAAAACUCAAUGUGAGUAGUGACACGAUCCAACAUGGUGUGGAAGGGCUUACAUACCUCCUCGCUGAGAGCUCGAAGCUCAUGAUUUCUGAGCUGGAUUUCCAAGAGUCUAUUUCUGCUCUGGGGUUCUCUGAAGAACUGAACAACUUGUUACUUCAGCUUUAUUCCGACAACAGAAAGGAGAUCAGAGCAAUUCUGAGUGAGUUAGCACCAGACCUUCCCAGUUACCACAACCUCGAAUGGCGACUGGAUGUACAGCUCGCCAGCAGAAGUCUCCAGCAGCAGGUCAGACCGUCCGUGACAAUGAAGCUGCACCUGACGCAGAACGGCGACCGCGACACCAGAGUCCUGCAGACAGACCCGGCCACCUUGCUUCACCUGGCGCAGCAGCUCGAGCGGGCGUUGGAGGAGAUGACCAGCCACUGUGGAAGAGUAGUCCGCAACAUCAAGUAGUGCCACCGGGGCGCCCUGCUCCCUUUGACGGGAUGACGCACAUCUUAAUUUGAUUGCUUUGGUUACUUGAGGCAGCGUCUCACUAGCCAGGCUGACCAAGGCAGGCUUCAGAUUCAAGGAGAUCCUCCUUCCUCUGCCUCCCAAGUGCUGGGGUUAGAGUCCUUUGCCAUGACGCCCAGCUGCAAGUUUGAUUUCUUAUUAAUUGAGGGUGUUCAUCUAGAAUCCACGGAAUUUCUUUUCCUAAACAGGAUACUGAAGUCGGACUGGAAGCUACUGUAAAGUUCCUUUCUUGGUGCUAAACGUGGUCAGCUUCUUGAGUGAUUAAAAUGCAUCUUAAAUGUGCAAAUGGGAUUCAAUCAACUAACAUGAAUCUGCAUAUCUGAAUAUUCUCCUAGUUUGGGUAUUUUUGGUAUGCUUUAUUAUUUUCUUUCAUGAUCAAAAUUUGAAAAUAAAAUUGACAAUGCAA